CCAUAAUAGUGUAUGAAAACAGUGUUAAGGAAAUUUAAGCAAUGUAUAGAAUCUAUUCUGACUUUUUAAUAUCAUGUAAUACGUAACAGACAUUAUUAUGUAAGAUGUUUUGCUGACAAAGAAUGUAGGUACGUGACAAGAACUUGCUUUACUUUGCUAAGUCACCCUAGUCUUGCUGAUUUGUGUCAUGUGCCCACCCAGGACCAGAUGGUGUUCGAUAAGGAGGAACGGGCCUCAAGGCCUGCUAUGAUUGGUCCAAGCUUGGGUGGAGUAAUUCUUUGUAAUAUGCAAUAUUAGGGGCCAUCUAUGCCAUGUUCGAGAGGCAGAUGGAGCUCCCUUGUAAUUACUUAUAGAGGCGUGGCCUGUUGCCAAGGUAACGGCUGCAGUAACAGCAAAGAAAUUGAUAUCUGAAUUUGUGUGCAGGUAUGUCCUACAUGAAACGGUUGAGAGAGCAAAUAGCGUAUUAAAAAUGUCUAAGAUCUGUGAGCAAACAAAACUUACAUGGGUACAAGCUUUACUAGUAGAUCCUUUUGCAAUGAGGUAUACCCCAAAGGGAUUACAUGGACUUUCAUCAUUUGAGAUACUGUUUGGCAGGCUGCCACUCAAAUUGCAUGGACAGUACGCUUCUCUUACUGACUACGUUGUUCAGCUUCAUAAGCCACUGACUAAUUUGCAUGGCAAAGUGUUUUCUUCUUUACCAGAUCCACAAGACACAUCUGGAACCCCGAUUUGAUGGCCCGUACCAGGUGCUAUUGACCACAGUGACCUCCGUCAAAGUGGAGAGGAAAGUACGCUUCUCACUGUAAGAAAAUUAACUUUCAGGUCAAUGAUGCAAACUGGUCCUAAAAGCAUGGGGCCCCCGGGGAGAAGAGAACUGAAUGGACUGUUAAGAUACGCUUGUUUUUCUGCCUGCUUGUUUGUGCUUUAUAUCAGUGUGUGCAGGUGAAAGGAGAACAGCAAAAGAACUCUAUAUGGCUUCUACAUCAGCAGACCGCUAAGGAGCUGAACGCCACUGACUGUUGGAUCUGUUCUUAUGUUCCUGCUAACCAUAAAGGAAUCCCUUUGAUUGGUAUCCCUAUCUCGAUGAAUGAUCUUAACCUCACAGAUUAUAGCUAUAAUGUUGAAAUAGACAUAAAUCACACUGCUCACAAUGCUCUUUCAGACCUAGGAAUAUAUUUAGAAAUCGCUGGUAUAAUCUCUCCGCCCACUAUGUGUAUAGGGCCUAUGUUUAUUAACCACGUGGCUGAACUAAAAGGUCACCUAGUCAAUUUACCUAAGGUAUACGUUGGAGAAACAAAUUGUGAAAAUGCUGCCUUAGUGUUUAACAUAGAAUACAAUGAAAAGUUAUGUGACAAGGUGAACUGUAACUGUAACAAUCAAUGUUGGUGUGCAAAAAUGAAAGCUCUUUGUGCCCCUAGGUGUGCCUGCCCUAACCAGAUGGAUGAGAAUGAUUGGGAUUGUAAGACCCAAGUGCACAAUAAUAUGGUAUGGUUUCAGAGCUGGUUGGGAAACCAUGUUAAGAUAAUCCCUAGGGUGCUGAAGCAAGGCCUAUACUAUAUUUGUGGAAAUAGGGCAUACUCAUGGCUUCCUAUGGGAGCUUGGGGGAACUGCACUAUAGGAAGAGUUGUGCCAGCCAUAAGACAGCGUGAGAACAUCUCUUUUACCAAUAUGAUAGAAACAAGCCCUAGAGAGACUAGAUACAAGAGAGAAUUGUUUACUGCAGCAGAUAAAGCCUGGAUGUGGUUCCCUGCCUGGACAGGCUGGGGAAUUGAAUUAGCAAAUAAGUUAAAUAAAUAUGCAAAUAUUAUGGAUGGGAUAAUUAAUGAGACCACAAGUGCCAUCCAUGCUAUCAAUGAAGAAAAGGCUCAAAUUAGGAAGGUGACCCUACAAAAUAGGAUGGCUCUCAUUUAUUUGUUAGCUAUGGAGGGAGGAUCGUGUGCUGUUAUAUGGAAGGAAUGUUGUACCUGGAUUGAGGACUCACAUGACCCCAUAGAAGCGCACAUGAAUAAAGUAAAGGAAUUACAGAAACAAGCUAGAGACAUAUCCAAGGAGGGAUGGAGUCCCUUCUCCUGGAUGGGGACAAUUGGUGUAUGGUUUAACAAUCUAUUAUCGGAUUUAAUAAAACCCAUAGUGGUAGUGAUAGGAUUGAUUGUAUUUCUUUUGAUCGCUUGGAAAUGCUUAAUGUGCUGUAUUUCUCAUUUCAGGAAAAAUGUGGAUUCGCUCGCCUAAUAGGAAGAAUGAUAACAGCCACAGAGAUGACCGUCUGAUGGCCCAGCCCAACUGCCCAUCUCUUCUGAGAGACCCCUCAGUUGUUGUAAGAGUUGGGUGGAAGACAUCAUCUCUGAAAGAGGGUCCCGCAGGUGUACUUCGACAGUUUGGACACCACCCCAGAGGGAGUUUAUCCCGAGAAGUGAUUUCGACGAGUCAGUCAUUCCGAUUCCAGCGAAUUCACCGAGUGGUCUCUGUGCCCUAGUGCACCUCCGGCUGCUGUUAUUAUUCUUACAGCUAGAUAGAUAGGUGUGUGAAUGCUUCAAUAAAGGUGUGUGAAUGCUUAGCAGAAUAGCAACCGCGAGGCAGUACUUAGUCAGUUCUCCCUCUUGCGUACAUCCUGUCUCAAUUGGUACUUUGUCACAUAAUAAAACCUGGGGGCAUCAGAGUACUGGGUGGACCUAAUUCGCCCGGGAAAAGCGGCUGCUAAAGGACAAGACUUUGACCUGCAGGUACCAAUUGACUGCGGGGUGUGGCAACAGAGUCAGGGUAGGCCCAGGUGCGUCUGUGGCUAUAUCAUCCCCAGUCACAGUCACACCACCCUCUUAGCAUUAGUAGUACUGCCAUUGUUACCUUUUAGUUUAUGUUUUAUAUAUGUGUGAUAAUAAAAUUAUCAAAAGGGUGAGAAUUGUUAAGGAAAUUUAAGCAAUGUAUAGAAUCUAUUCUGACUUUUUAAUAUCAUGUAAUACGUAACAGACAUUAUUAUGUAAGAUGUUUUGCUGACAAAGAAUGUAGGUACGUGACAAGAACUUGCUUUACUUUGCUAAGUCACCCUAGUCUUGCUGAUUUGUGUCAUGUGCCCACCCAGGACCAGAUGGUGUUCGAUAAGGAGGAACGGGCCUCAAGGCCUGCUAUGAUUGGUCCAAGCUUGGGUGGAGUAAUUCUUUGUAAUAUGCAAUAUUAGGGGCCAUCUAUGCCAUGUUCGAGAGGCAGAUGGAGCUCCCUUGUAAUUACUUGUAAAGUGCAUGCUGACUGUCACUUUAUUGUAAUCUUGCUCUGCCAUUAUAAAUAUAAACUUUAAAAUUUGGCUACAA